GCCGACAUCUUUGAAGAAAUCACCUCUACAUCAGCAAUCCAGCCAAGUCUGAACAGCUAUCAACCAUGGAAGAAACACUCAAUAAAGUGCCAUGCUUUGACAAGAGCACACUGAAAAAGUCAGAAACCCAAGAAAAAAACAAACUUCCUACCAAGGAAGAAAUUGAGGAAGAAAAGAAGCAAGCUGCAGCAGCUGAAAAAUCAUGAAGGCCCCCACUAUUCAACGACUGCAGUCCGCCAGCCCUUCCUGAGAGACGUGGUUGCCUCUGUGAAACUAUAGCCUUGCUGCAACAAAUUGGAUAUCUGCCAUGUAUUGUAGAAAGGCCCACUGUCAGUGGGUAUAAAUUUGGCCAUCAAUAUUUGUAUUAGCUUACUUGCAUAAGCAAUUUGAUUAUCAACAUUAUGACCUGUAAAUUGAUGCCAUGCGGAAGUGUAAACGUUGGUGCAGACAAAUUAUUUCUUUCUGAAUAAAUCUCAAUGUGUCAAA